CGAGCAAGUCGAUUGAGCAUUYAUUCAUAGCAACGAAACAGACAUGACUUUMUCUUCCGUUCGGACCGUCUUGCAAAGCAAUGGAAGGAAGUGCUUGAAGUUUUCAAAUGGUUUGAUACGAACGAUACCUCCCAGAGCAAGGGGUACGCCGCGGCGAUCCUUGUCCACAACCGCAAGGCAAAACACUAGCAGCGACAAAGAGCCACAGCAGCCAGYACAGCCCCCGGAACGUCCCCAAAGAAUCAUUCCGACUCGGCACUCUUCYAGGGCACCGCCCCCCGUGUGCCGCGAUGCCACCGAGCUCGGAGAACUCACGCAGGAGCUAUUGGAAACCCCCAUUGGAUCCUUGUUUUGCCAGGGCACURGCGGCGCGAAAACAACACCUUCACCGAAGGACGACCGCGACGAGGCGUACGCCGUGGCCAGGGAAUCKGGCGAGCUGGUGGAAUACCUGCUCAGGGGCUAUAACCGCGCGAUUUCUCCCCUGACCCUCUGCGGUAGCAACGAGAGUCCCGCUGYCGGCACGGAUCCGGAGGAGGUAUCCGUCUCGCUAGAAGCAAUGAUGGACGUGAUGGAGCGCUUUCAUCAGGAAGGAGAGAUGUACAUGCAAUUGCGGAAGGAAGCCCUUGGUUUCAUUAACUCCGCCAACUCUAGUGAUAGCAGCAGCAGCAGCAGUAGUAGCAGCAGCAGUGAUUCCGACAGUGAACACGACGGCGACUUUUUGGACGAUCUGAACAAAAACAGCRACAACGAUCCAAGAUUUUCUUCCGCUGUUGAGGACAAACUCAAGGUCGACGCUCAGGCCAAGCGGCAACAGCAAGUGGGGAGCGGGGCCGAUGAUUUUGCGAUGCCCGGCGUCACAACAGCUAUGUACGAYACCAUUUUGGAUGCCAUGGCGUGCGCUACACAGGUCUCGCUCGAAUCCCAGCCACCCACUGCUGCUGCAUCAGAAUCACCCUCCUAUCUGCAACUUCUGGAACCGGACGAUUUGUACCGUGUCGCCGGAGCGGCAUGGAAGGCCCACGAACUGAACAAUCUGCACGAURCAGGCUCGUUCUUUCCAGCGACAACACCUACCAUGGUCACCUACAACGCAACGCUCAGGGGUAUCGGAAACCUCUGCCUGGCGGCUUYCAGCGGCAGCGAUGAUGAACGACGACGUGUGGUGGUGGAUCAGGGCCUCGCCUAUGGCUUUCAGGUCUAUAAUCAGCUCACCCACAAUGAUCACGGUKUGCCGAAACGGAACUCGGCCUCCAUCAUUUACCUGCUGAACGUCAUCAAGGCCUGCAUUCCACCGAGCCGAACCCGGGGAAACAUGACCGUGGCGCUGUGGCACCAAGCCAGCAUGGAGGGCCUGGUCACCCCCGAACUGAUUCGAACACUGAAAGACCUCCACAACGAAACCAACGGACUGGAGUUUGAUGCCUUUUUGGAAUCCCUCGACGAAUGCAUAGCCCAACCGAGCGGGAGCAGCGGCGUAGUCAUUACCCCGCAGCGGUUUGCCCGGUUCACAAAGAAAYACAGACAUUCAAAAUUUUAUUGAUGGGAACAAGCGCGCGGGGGAACAAACCCAACCAUUAGUUCUCUCAUCUACRAACGAAAGGAAAAUUGAAACGGCAUGGCAAAAGUUCGACACAGUGUAUGCAYUUAUGCAAGAGGAUACGGUGCUAACACGCCAAGACAAAAAUAAUAGAAAAACAGGAUAAUAAUAUAAAUCAUACUAA